UUUAAUGAUUUUCACGGCAAUAUACAGGGUUCUCUUUACUGGUGAAAAUAUCGUGGAACGGUUAGCGUCCGGAAGCCGUCUGAUGACUCUGACCAGUACUUCGACAACGACAAAAAAGUUCCUGUACCUAGUUAUGGGGAAGAAAUGCCUUCCUGUACAUAUGAGAGGGGAAAGCAACAUUGGCAACGGGCAUACAUGCAACUGUGAUAUUAUUAUGUUCGGUUACAAAGAGAAAUGUCACGAAGCGAAGAAUGCGAAUUUGGAACAUGUAGAGUACAUCCACCGAGAUGGCACAACUUGGAACACAGGCAGGAACUACCUUUACGAGCACGCCAUGAAGAGAGAAACCGUGUACCUCUACUACAUAUUUGUGGACGGGGACGCAACUCUGCGGCCAAAUGCCGAUACCAACGCCAAUGUGACCUCUCUUGGCUUAUGGCGAUCUUUUGAGAAUUUCCUAGUGGAAUACGAACCCGCAGUAGGAAUUACAACGUAUUGCCAUAAUAUUCACCAUCCAUGCUUUAAGCAGAGAAAUAAACCUGGCGGAAACGGUGUCUAUGUUCUCUCAGGAUGGCUUUUUGAUGCAUGUUUCAAUGCAUUUCAUCGCGACGCCCUGCCGUAUCUGCUGCCGUAUAAUCUUAAGCAUGAAAAGGCAAGUUGGUGUUAUAGUCAGCAUUAUGUCGCAACGCUAGCCAAACAUUAUUUCUCCGGCUCUGUCCUCAUUUAUGGCAACGUGAACAUUAUGAACGGUGGACACAGAGACUACCCUCGAACUUCCGACUCGAAGCGUUUUAAGGAGCAACAUCGCGUCAUCAGCAAAUAUGUGGAAAAGAUAACAAAGUCUCGAAAGAAGCCAGAAUGGAAAAGUCGUAUAAAUGUUUCAGAAACAAUGGACAAGCAUUUUUGCAAGUGUUAA